AUGAGAUCCGAAGCUUGGCCAAUCAACAUCAGAUACCUCAAGUCUCUUGCCGUGGACCUUCUACGCUGGUACGAGAAUUUCCUGACCACACACCCUGAUUUGAAGGCAGUGUGGUCCCGGAGCCCGGGCCAAUCAAGUUUGGUUCAACCUUACAAGAAGACCUGUACCGCUUUUUGCAUCUCAGAUGACGACCAGUACAACGUGGAAGAGAAAGGCUUCAUGAGAGGCAUUGGAGAUGAUGCGAAAGUGCUGGUUCCUGUCACAGAAGAGAUUUCGUCAAUACAGCCAGAGGCAAUUUCACCGAAGAAUGUCGCCAAUGCUUAG